AUGGUACUCGUUGCGAACGUAGUAUGUUUGUUUAUCACGUGCUUUAUUGACUUGAUGUACGUUCUGGAUCUUGUUAUGGCAUUUGUAAGGGGCGUGGAAGAUUACUCCAAUCACGUUGUUCACUUGGAUAGAAGAACAAUCGCUAGGAACUACUGGAGGAAGCGUCUGUUAAUGGAUUCAAUGUCAGUUUUUCCCUGGACUUUGGCGAUAUUCAUGGGUUAUCCUCUGCACGAAGCUUGCUUUAAUCUUCUCAAAGUCGUUCGCUUCCCCUCUGUAUGUCGUGCCUUGCAUCUGCUUUUGAUCAGUAAGGUGCGUUUAUGGUACGUCGCCAUGAAAAAAGCCUUUAUCGUGCUGGUGCCAAUACUGACAAUCCAUUGGCUAGCUUGUCUUUCCCUUGUGUUCUCAACUGGAUGUCAGGGAGUAGACCGCACUCUUUGGUCUCCCACAUCGUGGUUGCACAAGCUCUGUCUGGGUAGUGGGACCACGUCCGACGUGUACUGGCGCAGUACAUUCCGCGUGAUGAGCACAUUGAUGUUCGUCAAGGUGCACAACCUCUUGACUCCCGAGGACAUCGUUGUGGAGAUUCUGUCCACUGUAGCCGGCGCCGUCCUGUUCAUCUUCCUUACACUGCAAGGCUUCAUCCUGCUGCGCAUGUACCGAGGGGCGUCGCUGCAAGUGGAAGGCAAAGUGGCGCAGCUGGAGGAGUUCAUGAAGUACACGGACCUGCCCGACCAGCAGCGCGACCGGCUUUUGGAGUACUUCAAGUACUGCUUCAGGAAGUUCUAUUUCCGCGAAUAUCAGAUCCUCGCCUUCAUCUCCGAACACUUAAGAGAG